AUGUCUGACAAUUUCUUCAUCAAAAACAAGACAGCUAUUGUAGCCACUGCUCUUGCUGUCACAUCAGCUGUUGGAGCAUACUACUACUAUAGCCAACAACAAUCCACAUCUACGUCAUCAUCAUCAUCAUCAUCAAAGUCCAAGUCUGACUCUGUUUCUGAUAGUGCGGCAGAUGACGUUAGUGGUCCUGGCUCAUCAUCCUCGGCAUCAAAGAACAAAAAGAAGAAGAAGAAGAGUAAAGGUACAUCUGCUAGUCCCGAACCUGAAACCGCUAGCUCGUCAACUGAACAUACCAAGAAGUCGAAAUAUCCAGUUGAUUCCCAAGGAUUACCAGCAAUUACUGCAGAUGUGAUUGCACAAAUUUCUGGAGCAGAGAAGGAGGAAUGGGCUUUGCAAUUGAAAGAGGAUGGAAACACCGAAUUCAAGAACAAAAAAUUUGAAAAAGCCAUUGCAUACUAUACUGCCGCUUUGGAGUUGAAAAAGGACCCAAUUUUCUACUCAAACAGAUCAGCAUGUUACGCUGCAUUAGAUGAUCACGAAAAGGUCAUCGAGGAUACAACCGAGGCUAUCAAAUUGAAGCCAGACUACACAAAGUGUAUUUUGAGAAGAGCCACUAGUUACGAGGUAUUGGAAAAAUAUGAAGAUGCUAUGUUUGAUUUGACCGCAUUGACCAUUUAUGGUGGGUUUUCAAACAAAUCGGUCGAGCAAGUUCUUGAAAGAGUUUUAAGGAAACACUCCAUCAAGAUUGUUGACGGAAAGAAAAAGAUUAUCGCAUUACCAUCAGCUGCCACCAUUGGCUCAUUCUUUGGCGCAUUCAGUGAGGAUCCAGCAUUGGAAUACCUUAAUGAAUCAAGUGAAGGUGGAGAAAAGUUUUUAUACGAUGCAUUAAUGAAGAUCAAGGGCAACUCCAGAGAUGGAUAUGAGGAAGCUGACACUUUAGUCAACCAAGCUGUUGGUGCAUUAACUAAUGAUGAACAAGACGAAAAGAAGAAAGAGUCAUUGGCCAUUGCUUUGGAAUACAAUGCAGCAUUCCAAUUCUUGAAGAAUGAUCCAACCACUGCAGCAGAGUUGAUUGAUAAGGCUAUUGCGCUCAAGCCAAGACCAAGAGCUUAUGUGUUUAGAGCUUUGAUUAAUGCUGACAGGUCAUCUUAUGAAGAAGCAUUGAAAGAUUUCAAGCUUGCAGAAGAGUUGGACCCAUCUUCGCCAGAUAUUUUCUACCACUUGGGUCAAUUAUACUACCUCACCUCUGACUUGGCCAAUGCCGAAGUUAAUUUCAACAAGGCCAAAGCCUUGCACCCAGAUAACGUUUAUGCAUACAUCCAAUUAGCCUGUAUCACCUACAAGAACGGUCAACAAGAAGAGGCAUUUGAAAAAUUCACUGAAGCCAAGUUGAAGUUCCCAACCAGUCCAGAAAUUCCAAACUACUAUGGUGAAAUUUUGGCGGACAAGGGUGACAUUCCGGGUGCUUUGAAACAGUUUGAUAUUUCUGCUAGAUUGCAAGAAAAAUUGGACCGUUUUAGCGUUGGUGCUUUGCCAUUGAUUAAUCAAGCCACUGUGAUAUCAAGAGAAAGUUUGGAGAAAUUGCCUGAGGCAGAACAACUUCUUCAAAAGGCAUGUGAAUUGGAUCCUAAAUCCGAAUUGGCAAGAAUCUCUUUGGCACAAAUCAAAUUACAAAAAGACGAAGUAGAUGAUGCCAUUGUAUUGUUUGAAGAAAGUUGUGACUUGGCCAGAUCUAUCGAAGAAAAAAUUCAGGCUGUAUCGUUUGCAGAGGCUACCAAGAUGCAAAAGAGAAUCAAGGCUGAUCCUAUUUUGACAGCCAAGAUUGCUGAAUUGAUGAGACAAGGUGGUGCUUUCUAA